ACAUUCCAUGAUUGGUCAUUGUUGUUGUAUGGCACGGCAGAACCAGCACAAGCAACGGAUCCGCGACAUCCAUACAACUCACCAUCAUCAUCCAGCGGCUCAGCGGAAUCACUUCUAGGACGGGCAACACAACGUAUAACAUCGCAGAAGAAAACCAUCAAGCAUGAUGUUUUGAUGAUGAUGAUCAUGUGUCAUCAGUGUGUUCAGGCCGAGCAACAAAAGCAGCGUGAUUCUAGAGACUGGCAACCUGAUUAUGCUCAGGAGCAGCAUGUUCCAGAAAUACGGGUAUGGCACAGAUACACUCUCGUAGUUCCUUGUGUCAUUACCAAGCAUGAAUAA